UCAAAAUCAUGGCUUCAUGUUGUGGGUCACGUACUGCAGUUGUUUGACAAAGACCGUGUCACCGGAGCUCAGUGCUUAAAAAAAAAAAAAGAAAGAAAGAACAGAAAAAAAAAAGGUGCGAUACUCUGUGUCAAGCAGUUUCCUCAGCCGCGCGGCGCGUCACGUGUGCCUGGCUGUGAGCGCGGCGCUUCAGUAUCCACCCUGUCGCCUCCUCUGAAACACUCUGUUCUCCAGCCGCCCGCCCGCCGAGCAGCGCGUACAAGUAUGAGCAGGUGACUUGGAGAAGAGAGGGGAAGGUCGUCUCUGUCCGUGGAACAAGUGGAUUCUUACCGCCUCGAUUUUGUUCUCCGAUAAGAAGUUAAGAGACACCUCGAAAAGGAAGAGGGUUAAGCUCCGAGUUAGGUGUGAGUGAGGGAAGCCAUAGUAAACCACCCAGCAGCUCAGGCAAGUUACCCUCGGAGGCUGCCAUGAAGAAGAUGGACACCUCAGCCACUGGCAGCUGGAUGCUUAAUAACAAACCUACCUCCUCCGCAGUGAAGAACUCCUGCCAUCCCAAUCUGAAGAUGUUUCUUGCGGCCUUGUCCUUUGCCUACUUUGCCAAGGCUUUAUCUGGCAGCUACAUGAAGAGCACAAUUACACAACUAGAGAGGCGGUUUGACAUCCCCAGUUACUUGAUCGGCAUCAUAGACGGGAGCUUCGAAAUAGGGAAUUUAUUGGUGAUCGCGUUUGUGAGCUAUUUCGGUGCCAAACUCCACCGACCAAAGAUCAUAGCGAUUGGAUGCGUGGUGAUGUCUUUUGGGACCUUUUUGAUUGCCAUGCCUCAUUUCAUCAUUGGCCGCUAUAAGAUCGAAACAUCCGUCAGACAGUCAGUGAAUUCAACCAAUAACCUCUCUCCAUGUCCAGAAAGCUCACCUGAGUCCACCAGGGCAGGUGACAGACCCUCUAUACUGCCCUCUAGAGGCUGUGAGCGAGAGUCUGGUGUUUCGAUGUGGAUCUAUGUGUUUCUGGGAAACGUUCUGCGUGGGAUCGGAGAGACUCCCGUGCAGCCUCUGGGAAUCUCUUACAUUGACGAUUACGCGCAAUCCGAGAAUGCUGCACUCUAUAUUGGAUGUGUCCAAACCAUAUCAGUUAUUGGUCCUGUCUUUGGAUACCUACUGGGGUCGCUGUGUGCCAAGAUCUACGUUGACAUUGGCUACGUGGACAUGGAGACAGUGACUAUUGCACCUGAUGAUUCCCGCUGGGUGGGGGCAUGGUGGCUGGGCUACCUCAUCGCUGGUACCAUCACCCUCAUGUCUGCUGUUCCUUUCUGGUUCCUGCCUAAAUCGCUGCCCGUGCCCCUGGAUAAACACGAUACCAGCUGCACUCCGGAGCAAACCAGGUUCAUCAAAGACUCCCCAACCAUGGAGCACAAAUUCAGACCCGAGGAGCCUGCUAAUUUACAUCAGAUGGCCAAAGAUUUCCUGCCCACACUGAAGAAUCUCCUUUGGAAUCCUGUAUACAUCAUCUACCUAUGUGUGACCAUCGUUCAGUUCAACUCUCUUAUCGGGAUGGUCACCUACAAACCUAAAUACAUUGAGCAGCACUACGGCCAGUCAGCAUCAAAAGCCAAUUUUCUAAUGGGCAUGAUCAACAUCCCGGCUGUGGCUCUGGGGAUGUUCUCCGGAGGGGUCAUCAUGAAGAGGUACAAGCUGGGUAUCAUGGGAGCAGCUAAGUUUGCCUUUGGGACCUCCCUGCUCGGCUACUUCCUGUCGCUCUUUUUCUUAGCUAUGGGCUGUGAGAACUCCAAGGUAGCAGGCAUCACAGUUUCAUACACCGGAGUGCAAGGCUCGUCUUAUCAGGAGCCGUCGCUCUUCUCCGACUGUAAUUCGGGUUGCUUGUGCUCGAGAAGGGAGUGGGAUCCAGUGUGCGGAGAGAACGGGAUCACCUACGCGUCCCCGUGCUUGGCGGGAUGCACGUCCGCCACUGGCUCUGGCAGAAACACGGUGUUUAACAAUUGCAGGUGUGUAGCGCUGGCUGAUACACAACCGGGCAACCUGACGGCCGCCCUGGGCCAGUGUCCGCGCAGAGAUGGCUGUGACAGGAUCUUUCCUUACUUCCUGGCCCUGUCCGUCCUCAGCUCCUUCAUCAUAUCUCUGGGAGGAACACCUGGCUUUGUGCUGCUUAUCAGGUGCAUUAAACCGGAGCUGAAAUCUCUCGCUCUUGGAAUCCACACGUUGGCCACACGCACCCUUGCUGGAAUCCCCGCCCCUAUAUACUUUGGAGCCAUAAUCGACACGACAUGCCUCAAAUGGGGAUACAAGAUGUGUGGAGGAAGAGGAGCAUGCAGGAUAUAUGACACCUCAGCUUACAGGAUCGUGUACCUGGGCCUUACACUAGGUUUGAGGACGGUCUCCUUCCUCCUUUGUAUUUCAGGCUUUGCUCUACUCAAAAGACAUGUAAAGAGGGAGGAGAAAUACGCUCUGACCAAUGGCAGCGCAGAGCUGGAGACGCUUAGGAAAGAGGAGAACAGCUCCGUCCACUGUGAGCAGUUUAUACCGGCAUCGGACUGCAAUCCCGACAGAGAGACUCGCUUGUGAGCCUCAGCACAACCUCUCCCCUUCUGAUGCAGGUUCAUGGAGCAUUAUCAGAUGUAUAGAGGAAGACACACACACACAUACACACAAACACACACACACUGUGCACACUUUUGAUAGCACACAGAGUAUAUAUUUGUACAGGAUUUGUGUAGAUGGACUGUACGAUACCUGAAAUGAGAGUCAUUUUAAAAAAAGAAACUACGCUGGAAUGUAAAAAAAAAAAUAAAUUAAUGUGUUUUUGUUUUUAAUGAAGACUUUUGUAGAAAAAAGAAUGUAAUUGUGAUGUAUUUUCUAUGUUGGUUUUUAUGAUUAAACUUCAUGAAAUGGA